UGCAAGCCACCGCUGUGUCUCCGAGGCUCAAUCAAUACAACAGGAAUAACGAUUCCCUUGUUGAGGAGGAACGAGGAGUCUGACCUUUUCUUUAUUUUAUGUCUGUUUUAUUUUGUUUGCAGAACCCCGUGACUUAUAGAUGGGAAUUCCAUGUUGUCGCCACUUCUGCUUGUAAUUCCUUAAUUAUGCAUUGUUGGUAGUUUUUCCCCCACAGAGGACUUCAGCGUGAUCUCGUGACAGGUGGGCUCAAUUGUCCCCACCAUUGGUGCUCUUCCCCCUCGCCUUCUAGCUGCAUAAUGAGUCGUCUGAGCCGCUCAUCAUGAAAUGGAGUAAUGCGCAGGAACCCGUUCACCGCCGACGUGUGCUGUCGCAAAGGUUCUCGCAAUGCGUUGCAGGAGCUCUACAACCCAACACAGUCGGAGUACUCCGCCACAGCGGUCCUGCACCAGACGAGACGAGACCAGGUGGCCGAGGCGUGCCGGGCCCACAGCGCCACCAGUCGCAAGCGGCGCGUGCUGACCCCCGGUGACCUCAAGCACCUGGUGGUGGAUGAACACCACGAGAUGAUCUAUUGCUACGUGCCCAAAGUGGCCUGCACCAAUUGGAAGCGGGUGAUGAUGGUGCUGACGGGGCAGGGAAAGUACACUGAUCCCAUGGAGAUCCCAUCCAACGAGGCGCACGUGCCCUCGAACCUGAAGACGCUGAACCAGUACAGCAUUCCGGAAAUCAAUUACCGGCUCAAGAGCUACCUCAAGUUCCUGUUUGUGCGCGAGCCCUUUGAGAGGCUUGUGUCGGCCUACCGGAACAAGUUCACGCUCAAGUACAACACCUCCUUCCACAAGCGCUUUGGCACCAAGAUCGUGCGUCGCUACCGUAAGAACGCCACUCAGGAAUCCCUGCAGAGCGGCACCGACGUAAAGUUCCAGGAAUUUGCCGACUACCUGGUGGACCCGGCCACUCAGCGGGAGGGCCCGCUCAACGAGCACUGGCAGACGGUCUUUUCUUUGUGUCACCCCUGCCAUAUCCACUAUGACCUGGUGGGCAAGUACGAAACCCUGGAAGAGGACGCCAACUAUGUCCUCCGGCUGGCCGGGGUGAGCAACUACCUGCGGUUCCCCACGUACGCCAAGUCCACCCGCACCACCGACCAGAUGGCGGCCGAGUUCUUCCACAACGUCAGCUCCCAGCAGCAGGCACAGCUCUACCAGCUGUACAAGAUGGACUUCCUCAUGUUCAACUACUCUAUACCCAGCUACCUGAAGAUGGAAUAAAGGACUGGGAUCUAUUUAAAUACAAACUAAUAAUAAUAAUAAGACUUUUCAAGUGUCAUUUAGGCAGGGGUUCCACUAAAACACGACUCAGAUCCGUGGGAGGGUACAAGGUGCCAAGUGGACGUGGGCGUUUUCCACCCAACAGAGUUUCUUCUAGGACUGGACUGUGAUCCACAGAAGCCUGUGAGGUGCAGACUGGUCAUAAUGUAAUACUUAACAAAUGUGGCUUCCGGGCACUGGGAGAGUUUGGGAGGGAAGGGGCUUGUACCAUUAUUUUGCUUUGUGUUAUUAAAAAAAAGUGAUUUACUCUUAACUAAAGAGUUCUCCGCUGCUGCUGCCGCUACCCGAACUUUCUCCUCGGCUCAUUCGUGCCACUGACGAACACAGCCGCCCAGCGGUAGUUUCAGUGUUCUCAAAAGUUUGUCGCAUCAGUCUGUAGUUGUGUGAGGUGUGCUGUAAGACUGAGGUCAUCAAACUGGUUUUCUCACUCAAAGCGGUAACGGCAUGCAUCUCGCACGAGAUCCUCCGAACGAAUUCCUUACGGCAGACACGCAGCACCCUUGUCGCUGCAUCCGGAGCACUUUCGUCCCAGAACUACGGGAGAGCCCAAAACGCUCCGCGUUCUCCCCAGACAACAGCCUGUAACUGGUAAAUUUUGGGAUUGACAGGAAGCACAAAGCUGGGAUGAGCCCAAAAGCCCUUUCCCCAGAGCGGGGCUGGACCCUCUGCCUGCCCGUACGUGAAGAUCAGAGCCACAGAUGUAUGCAGAAGACCGUGGGCCCUGUAAGGGGUGGGUGUUUUUGGAGGCUCCUCCCACUGGUUUGAUUGCAUCAUGGGGGCGUGGCCUCCAUAGUGACUGAGGAUUUGUGAAACUUGCUGAGGCUUUAGACCUAGGAUCCCUGC